UAUUAAAUUCAGUUGCCAGUAGGGACUAGAUGGUUCGUGACGUAUCUUAAGCAGUUGUUUUGUGUGAAUUAACUGCUUACGGCUCAGGUCCUCGCGAUACUUGAUGCUCUAUGCUCUAUAAGAAAUAAAAGCCAUCGAAAUAAAACCUCAAGGCAGUCAUAUUUUGGUCGACAAUAACCUGCUGAUUGAACUGCUUGGGAGAAUGGAAGAUAAGGAUCAACGACAGGGAAAAAUAAUAGAUAAUUUGCGCAAUGAUAUUGAACAAAUUAAAUUUGAAAACCAACAAUUGAAGGAAUUAUUUUCAAAGUGCGAGGUUGCGAUUCAGUCGUUGCGAACUACUAUUUACGAUUCUGAAUAUAAAACGAAAAUGGAUGAAACCAAUGUCAGUGAUUUUGAAUAUCCCAACGCCAUAUCGUUCGCUGAAAAUAUGAAGUAUAGUAUGGACAUGUCAAAUGUUCGCGACAAUGCGACAAAACAAUUGCCGUUAACCAACCGUCUGAUUAAACGCAGCGCAAAUAGACCAACAAUAACAGGUCGUGAUUCAAAGAUUCAUACAGUUGGGACCCGCCAUGCAGGGACUGAUUUGGUUGCAUUCUUUGCUACUCUAAGCAUCCACGCCACGAAUCUUGGAGUUGGCCAAAAUGUGAAGUUUGAUAACAUCAUUACUAACGUUGGCUCGGCAUAUAAUCAGCAUGUCGGAGCUUUCGCUGCUCCGGUGUCGGGUGUGUACGUGUUCAUGUCAACACUUCUGUCCUAUCCUGGGCACAAUGAGCAUUUCAAGCUGGUCCGCAAUGGAAAUAUUAUUUGUUAUAUGUUUGUUGGCGGACUCGGUGGUGGCGCAACUUACGAUACCAGCGCCGGCAGCUUUGUUUUGUUUCUCAACAAAGGCGAUGUUAUCGCCGUACAAAAUGUGGACCCUGGGGAGAACCUCUAUGGGGACAGUUACUCGUACUUCUCCGGGUUUCUUCUGAAAGAGUUUGAGCAAGAUCCAUCUAUUGUUGGCUAAACAUCGUGUAUUUUCACAAUGUCCCAACUAGCCGACCAGAAACACAUACUUAUAUUAAACCAAAAUUAAAAUA